CUGACAUGGACACACACACAAACACACACUGUUGCCGUGCGUCACAAGAAUGACUUCAGUUUUGAACUGGUUUAUACUUCAAACUAUGUUUUGAGUUGUUGGGGAGUAGGGCUGCAACCAACGGUUAUUUUUGUAUCCAUUAAUCUUUUAAUUAAUUGACCCAAAACAAAAUUAAAUAUUUCCGUAUUUAAUUCAAUCAACUUCUCUGAAAAACAAUCAAAUGUAACAAGAUAAUAGAUCAGAUGCCUGAUCAGGGUUACUGUCACUAAGGCAGUGCAUGUGGAAGCCUUAGACUAUGUUGAGAAAUUUGUUUUCUUAUCCACGUUCUCAUCUCUUGGUGACAUUGUUGAUGAUGACAUUAUUUUUUUCAGAAUAAUCAGAUCUCCCAGUUUUCUAUGUGGCAGAGGUCAUCGGUAGAGACUGAUUUUCUUUAGCAUAUUCUCCUGUUUGGUAUUCGUGUCUUUAUGGAGCCGACAGACGCAGCCCGCCAAGGCGCUAUCAGCCCCUCUCAGCUCCACCCUGCUGAUACUCGGCCGCAGCAGGGAAGUGGCAGAUAACGCUAUCUCACCCUUAACUACCCACUUCCCCUCUUUGCAAUGGCCAAGACGCGCCACAAUUUAUGGUCAGCCUAAGUCCCAGCUGGCCCUUCUGCAGCAAAGGGAACAAUAAGGGCCAGCCGGAUGACAGCUCUGCCCACACUAAUGUCUGCACAGGCUCAGUACUGAGUUAUAGGGGCUGCAGAGGAGCGCCACCGAUGUCCAUAGACGAGAGGGGUCGGACCUGAGCAGUGCAGAUGCUUCAAAGAACUCCAGAAAUGUUAGGGAUAUUGGUCUGCAUAAUCGGUAUCAUCAGUAUGUCAGGUGUGUUGUAGUUAGUGGGUCAAAGAAAACCAGGUCUUGUUCUGUCGAACAAUUUUGUGCUGAGACUGUUCACACUGCAGUUUAAUGUCAGCUCCAGCAGUGUGUGUUAUUCACACUCCCUCUCCGCCUCCUGUUGCUGAAAACCUGAGACGUGCAGGACCCGAGUGAAGGCCCAGUGAAGGCCCAGUGAAGGCCCAGUGAAGGCGGAGAGGGAAACAAGAACUUGCAGCACUGUGUAGCUGGUUCAGUGGCCUACACAUAGGGAUCACAUAACAGCCGUUUCAGACAGAGCCUGCAUUGAUUGAAGUGGUGUGUGUGUUGUAUUUCUACAGCCAAGAGGGCCAGUGUCAGAGCUGUGUGUGGGGACAUGUGGAGACAUGUCCUGGAGUAGGCCUACUGGUGCACAGUGGAGGGCUGGGAAUUCCUUCCCCACUUUGCCACUCACACAGAAGGCUAAUACAGAUAAACAGUGUAACCAGGUGUAGUAGAGGUUACCUUCUACCAGUUGUCUACACAUUAGCAACACUUACAGUCACUGUGGUUUUUAUUUUCAUUUUAUAGGGACGUUAAAAGAUUCAGGUACAUCCAGAUACACCACUAUCUUUACUUUUAUUGGACUGAACGGUAGAGUCACUCAUUCUGGGACUGCGAGUGCUACUUGAGAAAGUGAACAUUAACCAACAGGACGGAUGCAGAUUGCGAAGCUCCAGCGCAGUAAACAAGAAGGACGCCACAGUAAAGACAAGCACCGCCUGUCCCCCCUGCAGUGCAGCACCACCACCUACACCGCCCUCACCUGCACUACAAACCACACCUCCACAGCCGGCCACUCUCAGCAAUUUCCCAUGUCGAAGUCGGCCCAGAUGCCGCUUUCCAACAUCACAGUGCCAAAGCCUUCCAUCUCCAGGGUGCCCAGCAGCAUGGAGGGCAUCAACCACGAGCUGGAGAAGGUCUUCAUCAAAGAUAACGGAGAAAAGGAGGAGCUUAAGUCCCUGGAGGUUCCCGAUGGGCGGCGGGCACCCUUCCCCCCCCAGCAGCGCAGCAGCAGCACCUGCAGCGUGGACACCCAGACCCCAUCGGCCCCCGGCCGGUCCAGCAGCUGCUCCAGCCUGUCGCCAUGCCCCUCGCCCGCAUGCCCGCCUGGGUCACAUGACGGCAGCCCUUACUCCACGGAGGACCUGCUGUACGACCGGGACAAAGACAGUGGCAGCAGCUCCCCGCUGCCCAAGUUCGCCUCCUCGCCCAAACCCAACAACAGUUACAUGUUCAAGCGGGAGCCGCCAGAGGGCUGUGAGAAGAUUAAAGCUUUUGAAGAGAUGAGCUCCAGGCAGUCCACACCGGCGUCGGUCCCCCUCUUCUCCUGCCCCGACAAAAAUAAGGUAAACUUCAUCCCAACGGGCUCGGCGUUCUGCCCCGUCAAGCUGCCCGGCUUCCUGCACCUCACACCGGCCUCAGAGCCCGACGAGGCGGCCGCCGGCUCAGAGCCCCGGGGGGGUGCUUUGCUCCGCGGGGCCCCCACUCAGGUCUUCAUGAGCACCAGCACAGACGACCCCGCGGAGGAGCCCCGCUCGCCAUCAGAGACUGCAGACCCGACAGACAGCCCGGCCAUCAGCUAGACCGGAGCGGAGCUGGCCUCUGCCCUCCGGGAUCCACCCACCACGACUGCCACCCGUCACCACUGACCUCCGUCUCUCUCUGUGCUGACCCCCCCCACCCCUCUUCUAUCUCUGCAUGACGUAGCAACAAUGUCCCACAUAAACCACCGGCGCCACCACGAAGACCUCACUUCUGAGCGUGUCGGCAGAGAAAGGAGAUGCUGGUUAAAGGUGAUGGUCAGCAGGCAUAGGAGGGAAGAUUGCUGGGGGGGAGGGGCAUGCAUUUUAAAACUUGUAGUAUAUUUCUCAUUAAAUUAUGUGUUGUGUUCUGUUUCAACAUUCACAGUAUGAAUAAGCUCUCUAAACAUAUACUAUAUACACAUAUAUCUCUAUGAAAAGAACGACAAAUGCUUGUUUAAAAAAAACUGAAAAAAAGAAAUCCCAAAUGGUGUAUUGCUGUGUUUAUGUAUCUAACAGGAAAACAAAAAACUGCUGUAUUCUUCAGGAUUAUGUUUACACUAUCCAGGUCACAUUGUUAAACCCUGUCUUAAAAAAAAGAAAAAUAAUUUGGGGCGAAAAGAUGAAAGGCCUCAAAUUGGUUGCAGUGUCUGCAUAAUGGCCUUGCUUCAGGUAUUUCACAAUCAGAGUCUAUACUCAGGUAAUUUGGAAUGUAUGUCCAUACGAAUAUCUGCAGCCUGACGAUGCAGAACAGAUUCACCCUCAUUUAGUCCAGUUUGCUUUUUACUCCCAGACCAAUCAUUGCUUUCUGAGGAUAGCCGACUGCAGCGGGAGAGGGCUGAAGGAGUGACUGGUGGUAGGAUACUGUGUGUGUGUGUGUGUGUGUGUGUGUGUGUGUGUGUGUGUGUGUGUGUGUGUGUGUGUGUAUCGGGGGACCAGAAAUGGGCGAGUCUGAAGUACCGUCACGUGAAGACGCAAUCAAACUGAAGCAGUUGGUUCUUUAAAGGUGCAGACUGGAGGAGUUAGUUGUGCGAACGUUUCUUCUGAAACAAAUGAUCUUAUUCGAUUUAAUUCCGACUUAAUGCAGCCUAGAGCCGGAGCAAUACUGGAAUCAAUAUGUAUGUGAAUCCAUAGAAGUUAGAUUAUCAGAGAAUAUUCUGAGCAGGAUAAGUAGCGAGCAGGAGGUAAUAUCAUCACACUGAGUGAUGGAACACACCAGUAUCAAUGCCAUAUUGGCCACCAUGAGCUACGGGUCAUACCAGACGAAGCAGUAACUUCUCUUUGUGUGUUGUCUUUUAAUUAAUUCACAUUUUCAAUUGUAAGAGGGCGAAUGGGAUGAGAACCAACGGGCAAUUCAUCCUCAGCCCACGAAUAGCUCUCACUUGAAGCUGUGGGACGCCGUUUCUUUGGGGGCAAAAAUCUUCUGAGAGGAAACUCGAACUUCUGCACCUCGUUCGUGGCUCUGUUUUCAGGCUUUACAAAAUCUAGCUUGUGAAAGGAAUCUUUGGCCAAUCACAGUUCAGAGAGUUCCUAUUGGCUGCUGCGUGUGCUCGUCCCUUCAGAGCCUGAUUCACUUGUGGAAUCUCCUGCAGGAAAGUUGCUAUUUGCCUGGUGGGAGGGGUUGUAUUACCCCCCCCACCCCCAGAAAAAAAUACAGCCUAACUUUAACUGGCAAAAUAGUGAUUUCAAGCUGCACCAAUCAAUAUUUUUUUACGUCCAAAAUGUGGCUUUUUUCAACCUCUUUUAGAUCCUUGUUUGACUUGUAUGACCCAUGAACUCUCUUAGUGCACCACAGUCUACGUCGGUGUCUAGCCUGCAAAGCUAGUGGUUCAUUCAGCAGCUAAAAAUGGUCCGAUAUCUUCCUUGGGACCAAACCAGAGCGUGAAGGGAGAGUGAGUAGUGGACUUACAUUCUUUGGGUAGAAACCAACAAGACACCAGGUGACACUAAUGUUGCUGUGCGUCGGCCGGAUGUAGCCAAGUAAUUGUUUGACAACUUGGAGGUAAAUAAUAUGUUACGCUGUGUUUCCAAACCAAGUGGCCCAAAGGUCUUUAAGUGCAGACACAGCUAAUAAAAGAAUCACACAUGUGAAUAGUGGAGACAGACUGGGCAGCAGUCAGGGCCGCGAGGGAUGGAUACCCAGUCGGGACACUCAAAUUAAUGUAGCCAUACGCAGAACGUUUGCACAACUCUUCACUCCAAUCUGCAGACCCAAACUGUGUUGAUGAUCCACAUCGUUUCUAUUCCAUUAAAAAGCAUUCCGUGAGAUUUUUCUGACAAAAAAGACUCAUUCCUAAAAUAUCUCGGCCUUUUGGACCACGCCGUCCGUGCGUCCCCUUCACCGUCCCCCUCACCGUGCGUCCCCUUCACCGUCCCCCUCAUCGUGCGUCCCCUUCACCGUCCCCCUCACCGUGCGUCCCCCUCACCGUGCGUCCCCCUCACCGUGCGCCCCCCUCACCGUCUGCCCCCCUCACCGUCCGCCCCCCCUCACCGUGCGUCCCCCUCACCGUGCGUCCCCCUCACCGUGCGUCCCCUUCACCGUCCCCCUCACCGUGCGUCCCCUUCACCGUGCGUCCCCCUCACCGUGCGUCCCCUUCACCGUGCGUCCCCCUCACCGUGCGUCCCCUUCACCGUCCGCCCCCCUCACCGUGCGUCCCCUUCACCGUCCGCCCGUCACCACCGAGCAGCCCAACGAUUUCCACGUUUAUGUCGGUAUCUGGUGUGCUCGUGGAGUCCCCCACCCCCACAUUGCCCCUCUCAUAUUUUGUAUAUAUGUGGCUUUUAAAGAGGCUUAAUGCAAUGUUGUGGUUUCUCGAGGCAUUUCUGCACCUUACCAAGCGCUAUGGCUUUCCCAGUGUCCCACAUAUUCCCAGCAUUGGCAAACUAGAUGUGUGCAAUAAUAGGAGUUAUACAAAUUUACAAAACAGCGCGUUGUCGUCCGGUCUUUAACACAACGAGUCUCAUCUUCAUUCCUUUGGUUGUGGAGUGCGAGGGCUGGAUCGGCGAGCCGUAAAGCUAUCAACUGAUACAAAACCAGCACAGAGCGACCAGAGAACAUCACUGGCAGGUCAGAGGUCAUCAGCUCGCCACGUGAUUCUCCUUGUGUAACCUGCAGUGUCAACGUUCAUGCACAAUGGCAAUAAAUAACAACAAAAACAA